AUGGCUGCUGCUAAUGGACAAGAGCGUGAGGUUCAAAAGAACUACUGGGUGGAGCACUCCGCAGAUUUGACCGUUGAGGCCAUGAUGCUCGACUCCAAAGCCUCUGAUCUUGACAAAGAAGAGCGACCUGAGGUGCUUUCUUUGCUCCCUCCAUAUGAGGGUAAAUCUGUUUUGGAACUGGGAGCUGGGAUUGGUCGUUUCACUGCAGAGUUAGCUCAAAAGGCUGGUCAGCUUGUCGCAUUGGACUUCAUUGACAGUGUGAUAAAGAAGAAUGAAAGCACUAAUGGACACCAUAAGAACGUCAAGUUCAUGUGUGCUGAUGUUACAUCUCCUGAUCUGAAGAUUUCUGAAGAAUCAGUGGAUAUGAUAUUCUCAAAUUGGCUUCUUAUGUAUUUAUCAGAUAAGGAGGUGGAAAAUUUGGUAGAAAGGAUGAUGGGAUGGUUGAAGGUCGGUGGAUAUAUCUUUUUCAGAGAAUCUUGUUUCCACCAAUCUGGAGACUCUAAAAGAAAAUCCAAUCCAACCCAUUACCGGGAACCCAGAUUUUAUACCAAGGUUUUUAAACAAUGCCACAUGCAUGAUGAUUCUGGGAAUUUCUUUGAACUCUCUCUUGUUGGUUGCAAAUGUAUUGGAGCUUAUGUUCGGAACAAAAAGAAUCAAAAUCAGAUUUGCUGGUUAUGGCAGAAAGUUGCUUCACAGGAUGAUAGAGGUUUCCAGCAGUUCUUAGAUAAUGUUCAGUACAAAAGUAAUGGCAUAUUACGAUAUGAGCGUGUCUUUGGACAAGGUUUUGUGAGCACAGGAGGGAUCGAAACAACUAAAGAAUUUGUGGCAAUGUUGGAUCUUAAGCCUAGCCAGAAAGUUCUAGAUGUAGGCUGUGGCAUCGGGGGAGGUGACUUUUAUAUGGCCUCGAAUUAUGAUGUUGAGGUUGUUGGCAUUGACCUCUCCGUAAAUAUGAUUUCUUUUGCUCUUGAACAUGCCAUUGGACUCAAAUGUGCUGUCGAGUUUGAAGUUGCUGAUUGCACACAAAAGACAUAUCCUGACGACACCUUUGAUGUGAUAUACAGCCGUGACACCAUUUUACACAUUCAAGAUAAACCUGCAUUAUUCCGAUCCUUCUACAAGUGGUUGAAGCCAGGAGGUAAAGUUCUCAUCAGUGAUUACUGUAGGAGUGCUGGAACUCCAUCGGCAGAGUUUGCUGAGUAUAUUAAGCAAAGAGGAUAUGAUCUCCAUGAUGUACAAGCAUAUGGUCAGAUGCUCAAGGAUGCUGGUUUUGACGAAGUCAUUGCUGAGGAUCGUACUGAUCAGUUCAAAGAAGUUUUGCAGCGGGAACUGGAUGCUGUUGAGAAAGACAAGGAUGCGUUCAUCCAGGACUUUUCGGAAGAGGAUUAUGAUGAUAUAGUUGGUGGAUGGAAGGCAAAGCUGAUCAGGGCUGACUCUGGAGAGCAGAAGUGGGGCCUCUUCAUUGCCAAGAAGAAAUGA